AUGUGGUCCGAUACAUUUCUCAUCGUGUUUAUCUCGAUAUGUACAGCUUUGUUGGGAGAAGGGUUGACAUGGCUAUUAGUGUAUAGAACAGAAAAAUACCAAAAGCUCAAAGUGGAAAUUGAAAAAUCUAGUAAAAAACUUGAAAAACGCAAAGAAGCUCAUGGAGAUUCAGUAGAUAAACAACAAAAAAAAAAAAUUGAACGAGUCGAGGAAAAACUUAAAAUUAACAAUCGUGAUUUGUCAAUGGUAAAAAUGAAAUCAAUGUUUGCCAUAGGUUUUGCAUUUACAGCACUAUUAAGCAUGUUCAACAGCAUAUUUGAUGGACGUGUUGUAGCAAGAUUACCUUUCACACCAAUUCCCUGGGUACAAGGAUUGUCACAUAGAAACUUACCUGGUGAUAAUUAUACUGAAUGUUCAUUCAUAUUCUUGUAUAUAUUGUGUACUAUGUCAAUACGUCAAAAUAUUCAGAAGUUAUUAGGAUUCGCUCCAUCAAGAAUGGCUAAUAAACAAAGUGGUGGUAUAUUUGGUCCUCAAACUCAACAAUUUAAAUAAAAAUCUUUUAAUAGAGUAAUUCAAUUAUUUAUGU